GUAAGGUCGACCCCCCAUGCUACUACUACUACUCAACACAAGUUCAGGUUGAACAUCUACUCUUCUUAAUAGAUAGACACCCAGUCGCCGACAAAGCUUCCAACUUGAACAUCAUGCCACCUAAAGCAAAGCCCGCCGGACCGGUCAACCCGACAUGGGAGGAGAUGGAAGAGAAGAGGAAAGAGAUGGUCGCAUCCCUUCAAGCCCUAUCCGAGGCCAUGAAGACCUGCGCCCAUAUCCUCGAAGAUUACGUCUCUCACUCUCCCGAAAACAUCCUCGACACCCACGAGAAGAAGCGCAAGGCCGACGAGGACGCCGAGGGGACCGGCAAGGGCAAAAGGGCCAAGAAGGAGAAGAAGAUCAAGGAUCCCAACGAGCCUAAACGACCGCCCUCGGCCUACCUGGCCUACCAGAAUGCCGUCAGGGAAGAGGUGAAAAAGUCCCAACCGGACAUUUCGUACAAUGCGUUGAUCGGGAUGAUCGGAGAGAAAUGGAAGGCGAUGACGGAUGAGGAGAAGAAGCCUUACCAAGACCGAUACGAGGAGCUUGCGGGUGAAUGGAAGGCGAAGCAACGGGUGUAUACCGAUGGCAAAGCCGCUGCUACCGCCGCCGACAAAGCCGCCGCUGCCAAACCCCUCGAGACCGCCUCGACCGUAGCCGGAUCCGACUCGAGCGACUCUGACGACUCUGAAUCCGAAAAGACCGAUAACGACGAUGAUGACGAUUCCGACGAUUCCGAGGCCGACUCGAACGACGAGAUCGCUGUGCCCGCGCCUGCUCCUCCCCCUGCCCCCGUUGCUCCCGCGGCGAAGAAGGGCAAGAAGGAUACCGCCGCGGCUGCCCCUGCUGUUGCGCCGUCGACCCCUAGCAAGGCGGCUCCCGUCAAGGAGAAGAAGACCAAGGAGAAGAAGGCCAAGGCCAGCCCGGAAAAGGCGAAGAAGCCCAAGUCGAAGAAGACGGCUUGAUCGGGCAAACAUACCGAAAAUCAACGACUGGCUACACGAACGAGAACCCACAUUCCCCUCAACUUUCUGCGACCUUAUUCCUUUUCGUCUUCCUUGCACCGAUACCGACUUUCGGGAUGAGGAAGACACCAAUGCUCUUUCGUUUUCUCGUCCUCGACACCUUCACGAUCCCAAUUCGUUUACUUUUCGCUCUGAUGUCGACCACGACCUUGUGUGCCUCUACCGCCCUAAGUGGAAUUAGUACGAGAUGAUUUAUUUCCGCCCGUCUGCUCGCUCAAUUGGCAAGCUGUCCAUCUUGCUGUGGGUCGACGCAGAUUCGACCUUAUGGGA